AUGAUUGUUGAGUAUUUUUCGGUGGCGGUGUAUUUAUUGAGGCGGGAGAAUGGCUUUGGCGAAGGGACUGAGGCCGCUCCAGAUGAGUACUGGCAAACUUUGGAGGUGGCACAUAAACAUGUUUUUGGAUAUGGAGCCCUCACUUGGGAGUGGCAAAAAGGCAUUCGAAACUACUUAUAUCCAAGUUUCGUAUCGGCGAUUUAUGCCAUUUUGAAAUUUACUUCAUUGGACUACCCUGAAGUUGUGGCAACAUCUCCCAGAAUUCUUCAGGCCAUUAUUAGUUCUUACGCAGACUACUCUUUCUACAAAUGGACAGGGAACAGAAAGUGGGCUUUAUUCCUAAUUUUAACAUCUUGGUUUUGGUUUUACACAGCCAGUCGGACACUAUUACAAACAUUUGAAACGGCCCUGGUUGCUGUUGCCCUAUCAAUAUUUCCAUUUAAAGCAGGAAAGUUGGCUCAAUAUGAACAAGAGGACAAUAGAUGGAUAUGGCUUGCUGUAGUAUCCGUAUUUGUGAGACCAACCUCGGCUCCUUUGUGGCUUGUACUUGGAAUCUACAAUCUAUUGACUACAAAUCAAGGAAAAGCACUUAUACUAAAGAAAUAUUUACCCAUAAGUUUGAUAGCCGGAGGCAGUUUAGUGGCUCUUGACACCUACUUUUAUGGAAAACUGAUAGUUACACCCUGGGAAUUCUUCCAAUACAAUGUCUUGCAAGAUGUUGGAUCAUUCUAUGGAACACAUCCAUGGCACUGGUAUAUAAGUCAAGGUCUACCAGCAGUUUUGGGGGUGACUUUACCCUUAGUGUUAUGGGGUGCGAUUUCAGUAGUGAAAAGACCCAAAGAAAAUAUAAUAGGUGCAGUUCUUUUGGCAGCAGCAGCAGUGCAUGUAGGAUUACACAGUUGCAUACCUCAUAAGGAGUUUAGAUUUGUGUUGCCAUUACUUCCAAUAUUGCUAUACUUAGCUCAGAGUGUGGUGGUGCCGUGGAGUAGAAAAGCCAAGAGAUGGCAGCUGUACACGCUGGCAACAGUUCUGCUUGUGGGCAACGCUCUACCAAGUGUUUACUUUGGUCUGCUGCACCAGGGAGCGAGUACAAGGGUGAUGCCAUUACUCCGGGAAGCAAUUCCUCACAAUAGGACCUCUUUGCUAUUUAUGAUGCCUUGCCACUCUACACCACUGUACAGCCACCUCCAUACAAACGUAACGGCCCGUUAUUUAGACUGUUCACCGCCACCACCCGGUAAAACCUACGAGUCCGAGACGUUCUUCAAUAAUCCACAGACGUGGUGGAGUAAAGAGUACUCUACAAAGCAGCCGCCGACACUGAUCGUGCUUUUCGACGUGCUGAGAGGAAGAGUAGAGUCUCUCUUGGAAAGAUAUCAGCUGUUAUAUGAACUACCUCAUACACAGUUUCCCUCGGGCGAAGUGGGAAAAAACAUCUUGGUGUUCGAGCGGGUUGAGCGUCGAACAACUGGAACCGGACAAGUAUAG